AACUAAAUAGUCAAGUAACCCGAAACAUACAUCCUUCACUGUACGAAUCGAAAAGAAGGACACGGCGUGGAUCGCGAUGAUGGUCUCUCGUAUGAACAUUCAUCCUUCUUACCCGACAACUUUAAUCAAAAACAUCCGACCACAGCUUAUUUCUUUUUUAAAAAAGAAAUAAUUAAAAUCCUCAAAUUGCUCGAACAAAAUGCUGUUCCUGUACUAAAGUUUGUAGCUUUCCCAGAUCCUUUUCUCCAUUUCUUCCCCAUAAGCUAAUGAAAACAGAGACAUAGCAAAUCGUGUUCUGGGAAUCGUCAGAUCUUGAUCUGAGAAGACUUACAGGUCCUAGUCGCUGAGUAGCUCGAAGAGCUGAUUCAAAAUCGUUGGAUGGUCUUGAGAAAACACACAUUCCAAGAUAAUAGAAAAAGUGAUGUGCGUUUUUAUAUUUCACAUAUGUUACGCCAUCUUGGAUGGCUAUUUGGAUUGAGCAGAAGAAGUAGGCGAGCAAAGACACUUGACGCUAAACCUUACAUAGAUAAUAGGGUUAAGCCAGUACUAAUGGUUGACACGGUUCAAGAAGUUGCCAUUUAUAUCCACAGGUUUCAUAACCUUGAUCUUUUCCAACAAGGAUGGUAUCAAAUAAAAAUCACCAUGAGAUGGGAAGAUGGUGAUAACGCUACUCGUGGUAUUCCUUCAAGAGUCGUUCAGUAUGAAGCUCUGGAAUCAGGCUCUAAUGGAGUGUGGAGGAUAGAUGAUAAAGACAAUAGUUUCUUCACACAGCCUUUCCAAAUCAAAUACGCAAGGCAGGACGUUCGUCUGUGUAUGAUGAUUUCAUUCACUUUGCCACUUCAAAGAUAUGACGGGUCGGCUACAUCUGCUGCUAUAUUGAAAUUUGAGCUCAUGUAUGCUCCAGCUAUGGAUAAUUCAUCAACGAGGCAAUUAGAAGCUUUGCCUGCUGCGAUUCAUGAGUUUCGUAUUCCACCCAAGGCCCUUACAGGCGUGCAUUCAUACUGUCCUGUGCAUUUUGACACACUCCAUGCGGUUCUUGUCGAUGUGAGUGUCCACAUCAGUGUAUUGAAAUCUGCUGCUUAUAGACGACCUCCAAGUCUUUCAAGCAGAGUGGUGAGUAACAGUAAAAGUGUCAGUGGCAGCAGUGCUCAAUCUUUCAAGAAAGCACUUGGUCUGCUUGCUUCUGCUGACAAGAAAAUGGUGUCAUUCGUUAAAGCAUUACUUGGAGCACGCGACAUUCUACUCGAGGAAAUGACAAGACUUGGCGAGGCAAUUGGAAAAUCAAUUGAUUUGUCUGACUUUGUAUCAGAUAUGAACAAUGUUCCUUUAUCUCAAUCAGCAGUUCCCGGUUCAGGACAAGGCAAGGAACAAAACAGUCCUCUUGAGAAGCUGCAGAUUACAUUUGAUCUAACAAGUGAUGACUGGCUUCAUGAACUCUCCAAGGAUCAUCUAACUCGUUUAUUCCACUUACUUGGCACCCAACUGCAUUAUCUUUGGAACACAUUUCUUGGAUUUCACCGGGAUAAUAACACAAAAAUACUGGAAUAUCUUCGUGAUGUUUGGAGAAAAGAUCGUAGAGCUGAAUGGUCGAUAUGGAUGGUGUACUCUAAGGUUGAAAUGCCACAUCAUUUUAUAAACAGUGGAAUGAGUGAUAUCAUAAACCACAGUGCACACAAACGAGCCUCAAGUGUCUUGAAAUUGACUGAUCCUGCACAACUUGCAGCUAACCGUGCUGAACUUCACCGUCGAAGCAUCGCGCAAAUGAGGAUUAACAACCGGUCAAUACAAGACAUGCAUAUACUUGGGGAUCCUAUGCGAGUUCCUAUUAUUAUAAUCGAACGUGUCUUGAAUGCACCAAGACGCACUUUGAGUGAUAACUCUUACUUGAGACAUGUGGAUAUGCUCGAUUCCGGCUUGCUUAAUGCGGUCAAUGAUGAUGGGGAGAAAACAAAAGCUACCAGCUCCCAGAAAAGUGCUCGUGAACUAAAGAUAGUUGUUUUCGUUCAUGGUUUCCAGGGGCAUCACUUGGACUUGAGGCUUGUCCGGAACCAGUGGCUUAUGAUAGAUCCGAAGAUAGAGUUUCUCAUGUCCGAGGCAAAUGAGGAGAAAACACAUGGCGAUUUCAGAGAAAUGGGACAAAGGCUGGCGCAAGAGGUUGUUUCUUUCCUCAAGAGGAAGAAGGAUAGGUAUGCGAGACAAGGACAUUUGAAAAGCAUCAAGUUGAGUUUUGUUGGGCAUUCUAUUGGUAACGUGAUCAUCAGAACAGCAAUCUCUGAUGGUUUGAUGGAACCAUUCAGGAAGUAUCUACAUACGUAUCUAUCGCUUUCGGGUCCACACUUGGGUUAUCUGUACAGUACAAACUCUUUGUUUAACUCAGGACUUUGGCUCUUAAAGAAGUUGAAGAGUACACAGGUUAUUCAUCAGCUUACACUCACUGAUGAUCCUGAUCUCCGGCAGACUUUCUUUUACAAACUCUGCAAGCAAAAGACGUUGGAACAUUUCAAAAAUAUAAUUCUCCUGUCCUCACCUCAGGAUGGUUAUGUUCCAUAUCACUCGGCAAGAAUUGAAUCGUGCCAACCAGCUUCAUUCGACAGUACAAAAAGGGGAAUCGCAUUCUUGGAAAUGCUGAAUAAUUGUAUGGACCAAUUACGUGGACCAGCACCUGAAGCGCCGCAUCAGCAAAGGGUUUUCAUGCGCUGCGAUGUUAACUUCGACAUGACUGUGUAUGGACGUAACCUGAACUCGUUCAUCGGACGUGCUGCCCACAUAGAGUUCUUGGAGUCUGAUAUCUUUGCAAGAUUCAUAAUGUGGUCAUUUCAAGAUCUGUUCCGCUGAUUUUUCCUGAACAGGAUAUUGAAUUUUGUACAAAUUUUGGUGGGACUAUAAACUGUUGUAUAUUAGCUCAGUGCCGGUGCAGAAUUUUACAAGGCCGCAAAGAGAAAAAUAGACCGUUUUAAUUUGGUAAAAAUGUUAAACAAA